AUGACAGCUACUAAGAGCCUAAAGUUUGAAAAUUUGAGAAUACAAUUCUCCAAUGAUAUAGUAGGAAACUUUUUAAGGUUACCACAUUCAAUUAUAAACGUGUUAGAAUCAACCAGCUAUGCGAUCCAAGAAUUCGGUAUAGCUGUCCAUUAUCAUAAUUCAGAUACGCCUAUCGUUCAUCUUGGUUGGGAUGGCCAUGAUUCUGGAUUGAAUGAGAAUACUGUUCUUAUCAAUCCUGUUUUAGCCACCGUAUACAACUUUAACCAAAGGUCUCCAUUGGUGGACUUGUACAUCCAGCGAUAUGACCAUACACACCUAGCUACGGAGGUGUAUGUUACGCCAGAGACAAGUGAUGAUUGGGAAAUUAUUGACGCCAAUGCAAUGAGGUUUCAAAAUGGUGAAAUUUUGCACCAAACCCGUAUAGUCACUCCUGGUGAAACUUUGAUUUGUUAUUUGGAAGGGAUAGUUACAAAAUUCAAAAUUGACAGAAUAGCACCAUCAAUAAGGUCUGCAAGGAUUACGGAUGGCUCGUUGGUCAUUGUGGCACCAAAGGUCAAUAAAACACGUUUAGUGAAGGCUGAACAUGAUCAUAAUAAUAAUACAAUGCCAAAAAGUGAUACCUUCCAACUUUUAAAGAAGGUAAUACUGAGGAGCACUGUAUGCAAAAUGGACCGGCCUAAAAAUAAUCUUUUUGUUGUAUAUGUCAAUGACGGAAUGCAAUUGCCCUCUCAAAAGGGGUAUGCUUCCAUCGUUAAGUGCAACCCAAUGCAAUCCAAGAAAGGUGAUUCAGAUAACAAAAUAGUUGGUAUGCACCCAAAAAAGAUUGGCGUUUCCAUUAAAUGCGAUAGUCAGAUACCUGAAAAUCACAUUGCAUUAAGCGCAUAUCUUUGGGAAGCAUUCUUCACAUAUCCAAUUAACGGAGCUAAAAUCAAACUAGAAUUUUUACAAGUAAGCCAAAAAAAUAUGAUAUCUGGGAGGAACGUAAUAGUUAAUAUCAAAUAUUUUGGUAAGGACAUUUCUACCAAGAGUGGGAAUCAAUACAUUAAGUUAUUGGGGGGUAGCUUUUUGACAAAUAACUUAAUACUUCCUAUAGAACAAAUCAUGGUUGAAAUAAGAAAGGGUAAUUCCGUGCAGCAGUUAUGUAAUUUAAAUGGAAUUGCCAAUGAUUCCGUUCAAUGGAAAAUAAGCCAGUUGGGUAAGGAUGAAGCUAAAGACAUUAUCGAAGGGCAUUUGCCUAAAGUUUACCACAUUGAGGAAACCGGUAAAGUUUUACACACUAGUAAAGAUGAAGAUGAUUUUAUUAUUGUAAAUAAUAUCAAGCAAGAAAUGGUCGAAUACUUGACAUCGCCUAUCAUUGCAUCACCAGCUGUUAUAUUAGAUGGGAAGCAGGGGAUUGGUAAAACAAGGUUAUUAAAAGAACUUACGAAUGAACUAAAAAAGGAACACCACAUUUUCGUUAAGUAUGCAGAUUGUGAAACGUUGCACGAAACAUCAAAUUUGGAUAAAAUCCAAAAAUUGAUUAUGGAAUGGUGCUCUUUUUGUUAUUGGUAUGGUCCUUCUUUGAUUGUACUGGAUAAUGUUGAGGGUCUAUUUGGCAAACCUCAAUCCAGUGAGGGAGAUCCGUCUAAUAAUGGUCAAUGGGAUAAUGCAAGCAAACUCUUGAAUUUUUUCAUUAAUCAGGUGGCGAGAAUCUUUAGCAAGGAUAAUAGACGCAUCAGGGUUUUAUUUUCAGGUAAAGAGAAAACUCAAAUCAAUCCGCUAUUGUUCGAUAAGCAUUUUGCUUCAGAAAGUUGGUCUUUAAGAGCACCUGACAAACACGCAAGAGCGAAGUUACUGGAGUAUUUCUUCUCGAAAAACCAGCUCAUGAAACUAAAUCGAGACGUGCAGUUCAGUGAUUUGUCAUUAGAGACAGAAGGAUUUUCGCCAUUAGAUUUGAAAAUAUUCACAGAAAAGAUAUUCUACGAUUUACAGUUGCAAAAAAAUUGCGAUGACGUUGUAACAAGAGAGCUUUUCUUGAAAUCGCUUGGCGGGUUUACACCUUCUGCGUUGCGUGGAGUGAAGCUAACAAAAGAAACCAACAUCAGAUGGGGAGAUAUUGGUGCAUUAGCUAGUGCCAAAGGCGUCCUCCUUGAAACCUUAGAGUGGCCCACAAAAUAUGAGCCUAUUUUCGCCAAUUGCCCCCUAAGAUUGAGAUCGGGAAUUUUACUUUAUGGGUAUCCUGGUUGUGGUAAAACGCUUCUGGCGAGUGCAGUAGCACAACAAUGUGGGUUGAACUUUAUCUCCGUCAAGGGACCUGAGAUCUUAAACAAGUUUAUAGGUGCCAGUGAACAAAACAUCAGAGAAUUGUUUGAAAGGGCACAAUCUGUCAAACCUUGUAUUCUAUUUUUUGACGAGUUCGAUUCUAUUGCGCCAAAGAGAGGGCAUGACUCCACUGGUGUUACAGACCGUGUAGUCAAUCAAUUAUUGACGCAAAUGGAUGGUGCUGAGGGCCUUGACGGUGUAUAUAUUCUAGCGGCUACAAGUAGACCUGAUUUGAUCGAUAGCGCAUUGUUAAGACCGGGGAGAUUAGACAAAAGUGUGAUCUGCAAUAUACCAACUGAAUCAGAGAGGUUAGAUAUCUUGCGAGCUGUUGUCAACUCAAAAGACAAGGAUACGGGACUGAAAAAGUUUGCACUAGAGGAAAAUGCAGACCUGACAUUGAUUGCUGAAAAGACAGCUGGCUUUUCUGGUGCUGACUUACAGGGGCUCUGCUACAACGCAUAUUUGAAAUCUGUACACAGAUGGUUGUCUGCCGUAAGGCAGCCAGAAGAGGUACCCGCUAACGAUAACAUAGAAUACUUUACUAUUAAUGAGAACGGACGCAGAGAAGAAAAUAGACUACGGCUAAAGACUCUGUUGCAGCAAGAUGUGGUGCACGAAACGAAGACAAGUACUUCAGGUGCUUCUGAGCGGACCGCUGUGGUCACAAUAAACGAUUUAAUAGAGGCUUGUCAAGAGACAAAACCUAGUAUUUCAAUGAGUGAAUUGGUCAAAUUGGGGGAAAUUUACGAUAGGUUUCAGAAGGAUAGGAACGGUGAGAUGCCCAAUGGUGAGAAUUCCAUUGACAUCGGUAGCCGACUCUCCCUUAUGUGA